CUGAUCGCUGUUGUUUUUGGCACCCUCGUAUCUGAGCAAAAGUCCUAUUAACUUGGAGGAGAGAAUGUUACUGCACGGCAAAACGGUGUCUUUCACUGGCGAGCGAACAGUGUAGACCCACUUUUCUUAAAAUUUGUGGGAGGUGCACGCUUCUACUGCCCUGCCUGUCUGGCACUACAUCUCAUGUUGAUACUCAUCCCGCGUUACCACCGAGUUUCUGUCACGUUUAUCCAACAAUCACACUGGCCCAAAAUUUCAAUUCAAUUCUGACACAUUACUUAGAGUAUGCAGGGCAGCAAUGGUUCCGACUCGUAAAUCGGUUCCGGCGUUCGGACCGGAUGGGUCAAGACAUGUUGGCCAUCAACGCCAUUAUCGUUGCUCUGAUUCCCUUAUUGUGUGCUGUCUUAUACCUUCCUACAGCAAGCGAAAAUGCCUUGAAUCUUCCUUCACUUAAGAAUGAAAAUUUCCUAUUUCUUACAGCCCACCCAGAUGACGAAUGCAUGUUUUUUGCGCCCACCAUUAUUUCUCUGCUUCCUCAUGUCCAAGUCCACGUCCUUUCGCUAUCUACAGGAAACGCCGAUGGUCUAGGAGAUAUUCGCAGGACAGAGUUGAUGGCAAGUCUGGAUGUUCUUGGUGUAAAGGAAGGAAAUAGGCAUGUUGUUGACCAUCCCGCGCUCCAGGAUAACAUUACCAUGUCCUGGGGAGCCAACAUUAUCUCAGAUAUUUUGGGCUUAUAUGUGUCGGACCUGGACAUUACGACAAUCCUGACGUUCGACCGAGCGGGCGUCUCUGGACAUCCAAACCACCGGUCGCUCCCAGAGGGUGUCAAGCAUUUCAUCGAGACGACAGCCGUACAACCUCCUCCCAAAUUCUUCGCUCUGAUCAGUGUCCCCACGUCGACGAAAUAUGUCGGGAUUUUCGCUCCUCUGCUGGCCAAGUUCGAUUUGUCCAGCACGAAACUUUUGCAUAGUGUCGAAGCCUUUUGGGGUGCGCCAGGACUGACGGAUACCAUGCCGGUCUUUGUUGCAGGCGUGAAAGAGUAUUUGACUGCCCAUCGAGCGAUGCGGGCGCACAAGAGCCAGCUGGUCUGGUUCCGGCGGUUGUAUGUAUUGUUUUCGAGGUAUAUGUGGGUGAAUGAGUGGCAUCUAGUACGGCUCCAACAAUAAUGAUACAUCCUAUCUUGCUCGGUCAGUGCUCGCAGACAGGCCCA